CAACAUAGACGGUUAACGUUCAACGGCGAAAUUUAAUAUUUCGCUUCAAUUGCCUCUAUUCAGUCACUUAGUCUCGUGAUAAACGAAAUAAAUUGAAGUGCGACACACGACAACUUUGUCCAUGUUCGAGUGGACAUUCAAUACCUUUAGGAAAUCAGUAUGUUGUCAGUAUGGCAAAGACACGGCAAAAUGAACUGUGUUAUGAAUAAAAAAUUAUGCGUUCACUUCAGCGUUGUACUAUUAUCAAUAACAGUGGUCAAUACAUUUUUAACGGAACAGGAACUUGCAAACGAGUGCUUGGGAAAUUGGAAAUCCAAAAAUAGUAGCGAAGGUAUUGUAGCAUUGAUUUUAGCCAGAGGUGGUUCGAAAGGUAUUCCAUACAAAAACAUAGCAAAAAUAGCUGGUGUAUCAUUGCUGGGACGUGCGCUACGCGUCAUUCAUAACUGUCGUAAUUGCUUUCAAGAGGUGUGGGUGUCAACGGACAAUGAGAUGAUUGCAAAGGAAGCACGUCGUUACAAUGCAAAUGUACACUAUCGCAGCGAGCACUCGGCUCGUGAUGAAGCCACUUCAAUCGAAUCGAUACAAGAAUUUUUGGGUGGUCAUUCGCACGUUCACAACAUUGCAUUGAUUCAGUGCACAUCAGUUUUUAUAUACGAAUAUUAUUUGGAAAGGGCGGCGAACAUAUUCAACCGGCAGCCCGAUAUCGACUGCGCUUUUUCCGUUCAGAGAAGUUGGAAAUUGCGAUGGCAACAAGUGGCCAAUUCGAAUAGAUUGAAAGCGAUUAAUUUCGAUCCAAAAAAGCGACCACGACGCCAAGAUUGGGCUGGAGAAUUGAUUGAAACUGGAAUGUUCUAUUUCAUGCGAAGGAAUUUAGUUGAGAAUCAAGGACUUCUUCAGAAUGAUGGAUGCAAAUUUGUUGAAAUCGAUGGAAAACAUGCACUUGAGAUUGAUGACCCAUUUCAAUUAGCGAUCGCAAAUGUUUUGAUAAAAGACAAUUAAAACUUUUGUUACAUUUACUUUAUUAAACUUGUGUGAUAUUAU